UAUAUAUAUAUAUAUAUAUAUAUAAAAAUUAAAAGGCAGAUCUAAAGUUGUUUUCUUUAAAAGAGAGAGAGACAUAUUUGAACAAAAUUUUGUUUUGAAAAAAAUAUGAAAUUGAGAGACAAAGAUGAGAGAGAUUGAGGAAUUGUUCUUCUUCAAUUCUCUAUUUUUUGGCUCUCUUUAAUUUCUCUCUUCUUCCCUUUUUUCUUUCUUGUUGCUGCCCAAGCUUUAUAAUGAGGGAUAAAAAGUGAUGCUAGGUCCAUGGGUAAAAAAGGAAGUUGGAUUGCUGCUAUAAGGAGAGCUUUUACACCUAACUCCAAGGAAAAGCCAGGAAAUGAAUUUGAGAAGAGAAACAAGAAAGAAAAGAACAAAGGAGUUGGAAAAUUAAGGCAUGGAGAGUCCAAUAAUUCCUUCAUUCCCCUAUUUAGGGAGCCAAGUAGUGUUGAGAAGAUCUUCUUGGAUUUAGAGAGAGAGCAACAGAGAGUUACAUUGAGACCAGCUUCUUCCUCACCACCAACACCUCCCUUUGUUACUCCUAGAAAUGCUUCUCCAAGAAUCUCCUCCGCUCGGCAACCCUCUCCGCCCGUCUCUCCUCCGAGGGUUGCAAAUCGCCCUAAAGGCUUUCGCUUUCGGCCCGAACCGACUCUCCGAAAUCAUCAUGCAUCAGCAACAAAAAUUCAAGCUGCAUACAGAGGUUAUGUGGCAAGGAGGAGCUUUAGAGCAUUGAAGGGGUUGGUGAGACUUCAAGGAGUGGUGAGAGGGCAAAAUGUGAAGAGGCAAACAAUGAAUGCAAUGAAGCAAAUGCAGCUGUUGGUUAGGGUUCAGUCUCAAAUUCAAUCCAGAAGGAUUCAAAUGCUUGACACUCAGCCUCUCCAUCAUGGCCCUAACCACAAAGACAUUGACACUGCCUUAGCCAAAUUGAGCUUCACUCAAGCUUCUGAGGCAGGUAACCAAGAAGAUUGGGAUGAUAGUUUGCUAACAAGAGAGGAAAUUGAAGCAAGAUUGCAAAGAAAAGCAGAGGCUAUAGUCAAAAGGGAGAGGGCAAUGGCUUAUGCAUAUUCCCAUCAGUUGUGGAAGGCCAGUCCAAAUUCAACUCAAGCAGUAAUGACAGAUAUUAGAAGUGCGGGAUUCCCAUGGUGGUGGAACUGGUUAGAGCGCCAAUUACCUUCAUCAAAUAAUCUCCCUAAUUCCGAACCUCAAACUCUCAAGAAUUUCCUUCUUGCACCUCAAACUCCACAACAAAACCAAACCCUAAACCCUAAUAACAACAAACACCAUCUCCACAAUAAUAUUGAUCACCAUCAACCAACUCUCACACCAAAGUCCACAAAACCGACCAUACUCCUUGCCACUGCGACCAAACCAUCCCGAACCUCUCCGAAUACGUUCCGAACCCCACCGGCAACCUCGAGAUCGUUUUCGAAGGCAAGAGGUGAUUCGUCACCAUUUGAUGUGGGAAUAAAAGAUGAUGAAAGCCUUACUAGUUGCCCUCCUUUUACAGUGCCACAUUACAUGGCUCCCACGGUUUCAGCCAAAGCCAAGCUAAGAGGCUGUUCCACACCUACUCCUAUUAGUACUCACUCAAAAACAAGAAUUUCCUUCCCUUUCAAAUGGAACAAACCCAAUUUGUUGUUCUCAAAGGACUCAUCAGCAAAUAAUAACUCUCAAAGGGUUUUGGAUAAUAAUUACAACCAAUCUGUGGGCAAUUUGAGUGUGGAUUCUUCUGUUUCAUUGCCUGCUGGGGUUGGAAGAAAGCCAUUUAACAGAUUUGUGUGAUUUUUUAUUUCUAUUAUUAAUUGUCACCAUUUUUUUCUUCUUUAAUUGUUUUUUUCCCCUCUUUUCCCCCCCUCUCUUUCUAUUAUUGAAUGAGUGUAAACUAAUAAAAGAUGCAAUAGAUGGGGGAUAAAAUCAUAGUUUGAAUGUAAUGAGAUUUAUGUAAAGGUUUUAAAACAAA